UCCAUUACUGGUGACUGAAAAAACAAAGAUGAACAAAAUCAGUAGCAAGUUGAUAAAACCACAAACCCCAACCCCUCAAAAUCUCAAGAAUUACAAAAUUUCGUUUAUAGAUGGGUUUCAGCAGCCGAAGAAUAUUUGUGUUUUUUUGUUUUACGAAUCGAAACCGGAUGAUUCUCGCCAGUUGGAAGAAUCACUGGCCAGAAUCUUGAUUGAUUUCUAUCCUCUUGCUGGAAGAUUCAUCAAGAAUGAUUGUUUGGUCGAUUGCAGCGAUCAGGGAGCUGUGCUCGUCGAAGCAGAAGCUCCGGGCGACGUUGAGCUGAUCGACCUCGUCACUAAAAUCGAGAUCGAUCGGCUCAACGACCUCCUACCGGAGCAACAUUUCCGAUAUGACGAAGCUCCUGAUAAUCCACUCCUCUCAAUCCAGAUCACACGUUUCUCAUGCGGCGGGGCCACCGUCGCUAUCAGCGUCUCUCAUAGGGUCUUCGACGCGUCGUCGCUGGAGACGUUCGUCGCCGCCUGGUCGGGCGCUGCCAAUCCGGAUGACACGACAGCAGGGAGAAUAAUCCCCCGGCCGUCUUUUCAUCUCCCCUCGCUGCUCCCAUCCAAGGGCCACGAGGAAAUGGCCGCCGAUGUGGGCCGGCCGUUGACGCCCAUAGCCGGUCCGGGCGGACCGGACCAAAAGUUUGUUGUGAAAAGGCUUUUGUUCAGCAACGAGGCCUUAACCGGCCUCAAAUCCAGAGUAACCGGAAAACCGGUCUCUGGAGUGCGUGUUGUGUGUGCAUUUAUAGCCAGAGCCUUGAUCCGCGUGGACCGCGCCCUCCACGGCAGUGGCCGAGCCUCUAUAGUGCUUCAACUAGUUAACAUGCGGGAGAGAACAAUUCCACCCCAGUCGAGAUAUGCGUGUGGGAAUUUCGCGAUCCCGACAACCGCACGGAUUGAAGGCGAGGACGACGUUGGUGUCGAAGAACUUGUUCGUCUAUUGGGGGAUUCUGUUCGAAGAGCCAUAGCUUCGUAUGUUGAGAUCAUGUGUCCUGAUAGGGACGGGCGCGAUAUCAUCAUAAACAAUGUGAAAAACUUCUUCACACGCGGAUUCACACCUGAAACCAAUCUCAUAAUGUUCUCGGAUUUGACUAGGUUUCGAUUCGACGCUGAUUUCGGGUGGGGGAAGCCGGUUUGGAGCGGCAUCGGACCGCAGCAGCCGCUGGGAAACAUGGUGAUUCUCAUGUGUGGCAAAGAGGGCGAUGGGAUCGAGGCGAUGGUGAUGUUGAAGGAAAAUGAGAUGUGUUGCUUUGAGCAAGAUGAGGAGAUGAAGAUCUUUAUGUCCUAGCUAAGGAAUCGAGUUCAUGAUUUAAGUUUCAAUAAAGUAUUCUAAUGGUGCAAUUACUAUGAUGGAUAAAUUUAUCAUAAGAAAAUGAGGGAUAACAAAAAUUUAUGCCUUUAAAUGCUU